AUGCUGCGACACUUUGCAAAUGUUUUACGGGAUGAGCAUAGCCUGCGUAGUAGUCAGCAGGUUGACAUAUACGAGCAAGUCGACAUGUUCCUGUGCAUAUUAGCGCACGGAAAGGAAUAUCGUCAGGUGAAUACGUUGUUUAACCACUUGCUACAAAUCAUAUGUCACUAUGUAAAAGAGGUCCUACGCGUGAUCGUGUCACUGUCAGCGCGUUUGAUACGACCGAGUCAGAACUACAACAAAGGUUUGUCGCCACAUAGGCCCGACUUGCAAAAACACCCAUUGUUCGAAGACUGCAUUGGUGCUAUAGACAGGACCCAUGUCAGAGUGGUACUACCGCGUAACGAGAGGCAAACUAGGAAUACACACGAUGCUCGACUACUUGCGCGUGUCAUCCACUCACCAGACAUUCAUUUAUUGCUCCCAGAUCCCGGGAAGUACUAUCUGGUGGACUUAGAAUUUGCUCAUCGGCCUGGGUAUAUGGCCCCUUACAAAGGUUCGGACAUACUGUAUCACUUUCAACAAUUUCGCGAUGAGCACAUGGGAUGGCGUCGUCGAUUUCAUAACGAUCGGGAGAAGUUUAACUUCAGACACUCGUCCUGUAGAAAUGUCAUUGAAUGUGCGUUUGGAGUGGUGGACGAGGCGUUCACGAGCGCAGAGGAGGAUGAAGAUGCAGCAGAAGUGGAGUUGCUGAAUGCGGGUGACGAGAUGCGGGCCAAAAUGAAUGCAUCGGACUUGCAGCGGAGUCAGUAG